AUGUCCGGCAACAGUGGUCCAAUUACCAUGAGUACUGGUGUGUCGACUGGCGGUGCAGGUGGCUCCGUGUUCGUUAAUGUUGGUAAAGGCGACACCACUCUAGGUGGAAGCAUUUUUGCCACUGCUGGCACAACUACCGAUACGCUGAGCUCUGGGGGCUCAAUUUACCUUACCUCAGGUGGUGGUACGACACGAUCCAGCGGGAACGUUUUGCUUCGGUCUGUCGACGCAGGCACGAUGGGAACAUCUGGAUUUUUGAGCUUCAGCACUG